AACCAUGGAAUGGGUCUGGGUCGUGUGGAGUUUGCAAUGGCACCGAGCUUCUACAAGACACCGAUAUUCUUCAAGCUUCUCAAAUCAAACUAACAAACAUGCAGCAGGAUGGGAGUUCUGAGACGGAGGUGACUUGGGAAGACCAGCAGAACAUCAACAAGUUUGGAAGAUUAAACAACCGCUUUCACGAGCUCGAGGAUGAGAUCAAAAUCGCCAAGGAAACGAAUGAUAAUCUGGAGGAUGCUAGCAACGAAUUGAUUCUCACUGAUGAAGAGGUGGUUCGGUUCCAACUGGGAGAAGUCUUUGCCCAUGUCCCGAAGGAAGGAGUGGAGAGCAGGAUAGAACAGAUGAAAGAGGUGACAAGCAAGAACUUGGAAAAACACGAGGAAGAAAGGGAUUCAAUUCUUGCACAGAUGGCCGAUUUGAAAAAGAUUUUGUAUGGGAAGUUCAAGGACUCCAUUAAUCUAGAGGAGGAUUGAUACGGAUGAGAGUUGCAACUUCUGUCAAUUUGGUUGGCAAGUUAUUAGGGAAAAUGACUUUCAGCAGAUUCUGAUGCUUGGAUAUUGCAGUCGUCUUCACCACCAAUGGCUUUGAUCUCCUGCGAGGAAAAGGCUCAAAAGAGCUU